AGCAAAUCAAAAUAAUUUUACAUAUUAAUCACUUGAACAGUGGGUAGAGGAAAGCUUAGAACAUGGCGAACCCUAGAAGAGUAGUGAUCGAGAACCAUAGAUUGUCACCUUUAAUCAAUCUACUGAAGAAGCCUCAAGCGUUUCCUCUGCUUCUCUCUUUCUUCCUCUUCCUCACAUGGAUCACUCUCAGAUUACAGCAUUCCUCUCACGUCUCUUCGUCCUCUUCUUCACAUCCGAAGUCGACGCUAAAGAGUCAUCCCGAUUUGAAAAUUGUCGACGACGACGAUAAGGUUAAUCUGGUCCGGUUUGGUUUGGCGUCGCUUUCUCCUGUUCGGAAAGACGACCGUGGAUGGUUGCUUGAUCCCAUUAUUCUAGCUCGUGAUUCUCAGCUCAAAGGUGGAGCCGCCUCGUGUGUUUCCAUUCAUGUUGGUGAAAUCCGGCCAGGUGGAUUGAGGGGAAACCACCGACACCAUACCUGUAAUGAGACAUUUGUCAUUUGGGGAGCUAAGACAAGAUUCAGGUUAGAGAACCACAAGGUCGAAAAAGGUUAUGCCGAAGUGGUAAUUGGAGAGGAUGAAGUAGCUGUAGCGGUUAGUCCCAGUGGCACGGCUCAUGCUCUAAUAAAUGUUGAUCCUGUGCGUUCUACUUUCUUCAUUGGUUGCCAAGACAAUAUACAGAACAACAGCUCAACUAGCGACUACAAAAUAUGGAAAGAUCUAUAAACCAAAGUGGGGUUAGUUUAGUUUCCUCUUCUUCAUUCAGAUUUUUAUUGGCCUUUGUUUCUUUCGAGAUUAUUUGUAUAGAAUAGGCUUUUUUUUUCUUUUUCUUUUUCUUGUCAAGUCAUAUUGUUACCGAGAUAGUAUCAACCUGAAACUUCCAAUGUUUAUUAUCAAUGAGAAUCAAUUUGUGUGUAUA